AUGGCUGAAAUAGCCGAUACGGCCGCAAGCAUCAUCACAAUAUGGGACCUGGUCAGCUCGGCCGCCAAGGUUCAAAAUACACAAAAGAGCUGGCGGCAUUAUCUCAGUGAGCUUGAGAAUCUCGGCCAUUCCGUACUCGGAGAUAUAGUUGCGAAGUCACAAGAAGUUCGCAGCCUCCAAAUUGAAGUCAACGAGAAGAAGGAAAGCUUCAUCGACUAUAUCAAUAGAAGCCUGACGCUUGUUCGGAACCAGGCGCUGUCUAUUCUGCACCAAGUCCUUGAUCCGAAACAGAACGGGAUUCGCCGUCGCGACCGCUUGAAGAAGUUCGUUUCAAAAGGGGCAAGAUAUCUCCAGUUCCUCCUGAAGGAGAGCGACAUUAAGAAUCUGUUAACUGCCGUCGAGCACGCCAAAUCAACUCUCCAGUCUGCAAUCUGCAUAGCACAUCUGCAUCUGGCCAUUUCCAAAUCGCUAAAUCAGGGGGCUGGGAAGCUUGAGGGAAACCUGGACAUUGAAAAGACGCUCUUCGGCAUCAAGGAUCAAAUGAUAGAGCAGUCUCAAGCUCUAAAUGAUCUUCACAAGGCUCAGAAGCUCGAUCGAACGCCGGUUCAAAUCAUUCGUUCUACCUCCGUUCUCUCGCUUCCCCUCACGAAGACUAUAGAAAACCAAGAUGAUGCACUAGAACCGACAAUUCGGGGCAUGGCCCUUAAAUCCGCUGAAUAUCUAACACUGUCUACUAGCCAUGUAAGUGGCGGCAGAAUGGGCGACAUUGCAGACGAUAACCCACAGGAUUGCAUGAUAAAAAUAUCAUUCAACCAUGGUCAAGAAGACAAUAGUCUUUCGAGCAGCAACGACGAAAUGUUUAUGUUCGACACUGGGAGAGACAACGACGCGCCUGGGACAGACAUGGGCACAGUCAAUCUCCAUCCGAAAGCCGAUUAUGGCUCGGGGGAAUGCGCGCAAUUUGAUACCGACGAGUCUCUGAGAACUCCCAAAAUGACUCCGUUUACAGCGACUUCCGACUUUGAAUACGCCUGCAAAGAAACUAUAGAAUUCGGACAACGAUCAGAAAUAAUCAUUGCUGACGGGGUCGACCUUGAACGAAGCAAGGACCCAGAAACCGGGCAGUACCUCUUUUGCGUCGAACGACUUGACAUUGCCGACUGCCUGCAGACGUUCUGCUUGCAGGAGCCUUGUCCUCCCUCGCAGCAUUGUGGACAUAUCACGCUAGCUAGUCUAGAGGAGGAUCCGAUCCAAGAACAGCUGCCGUGCAAAUCUCCACCAGAGUAUGGCAAACAUGAUGAGCCCAAUCAACGUGAUUCUCAGCUUUUGAUACCUCUCGAGGGGGUAGAGUACUCGUUGACUGUUUUUAGCAAAUGUGGAGACCAGGCCGAAUGCACACAUACGCUGGUCGAAGCUACGAAUCGGAGUGCCUCCCGAUGCGCUUCUCCAGUCAAGCUUCUCGCUCUUUUCAAGAGUCUUGAUUCGGGUACUCUGAAAAUUGACCUUGGGACAGAGAUGCUUGCACAGGUGCCGGGAGACCAUGACCUUGAUCGGGCGGACGCAGAUACCAGCGAGGAGAUUGUUCGGGAGCCGGAGAACAACGACCGUAGUCGAAUGUAUGAAGACGCCAGCGAGGAGAUUUCUCAGGGGCCGGAGAACAAUGACGAUAGGCGAAUGGAUGCACACGCCAGCGCGCCAUUUCCACAGAGCCCAGCACCAGGUGACGACGAGUGCGCAUUUACAAUGGUACGAAAAGUAAUCUGCGGCCAACUAGAUGAGAUACCAGCCACGGUGGAACUACGUACUCUCCUGCAUUAUGUCUUGCUAGUGCAUAAGUAUCAGUUAGGAGGCGCACCUCGCGAACAGGCCAAGCUAUGGGCUCGAUCACUCAGUCUCAAAGCCCGCGAGCAUUUCAAUUCGGGUGACGAGGGUGAGGGUGCUAUCUUCUGGCUCUGGAUUUUCUGGAAGCUGGGAAUGCAGACCAGCUUCAAGGCACUGUCUGGGGCUAUCCAGAAACAUGCACGCGGGCCAAUCGACCAGAUGGUAAGAGGGUACCAGCUAUCACUAUCACAACAAAUUAUAGACCAGGUCGAGGAAAAGAGGAUAUCAGCCCUCUCCAGGAUACAGGAUGUUGUAGAUUCGCAGAUCGCGAUACACAGACGCGCCUACGAGGAAGUCUUCACCGCAACCCUGCCCACCGAGCCAUUUGGGUUCACUGCCCAAAUAGGCAUCCUGCAGAGCUCCCUUAUGUUUGGAUACCUCACCCUAGAAAAAGAGAGGUGGCUGUGCUCCGGCAAUACCAGAACCUUCGAGGGUGUCAGCUUCGCAAAUGUCCGCGACUGUGUUCGUUCUAUGGUGAACCUGGAAAACUGGGCGAUAGGGACGAUAACGCUCCCUGACCGGAUGUCUAGACUAUUGGCUGGCCGGCUAGAGACCGAGCAGGCUCUAGAUGCUGCUCUACAUAUAGAGGGGACGUCGGGUCUGCUCUCGCCCGAUCCCAUAGAGAGGCUGGUGGAUCUGAUGGCCGAGUUGGAGAUGGGGGGUUGGGGCGUUGGUUUGGAUUCUGUUUAA